AGACAACAAAGUAUAACAGGCGACGACUCCGAUUUUUAUUUUCAAAUAUUGCCUUCAAAGUACAGAAUAUUAACAAUCCGUUUCUAAUUCUACUAAUUUGUAUUAUAUGUUUUAGUUGUUUGUGAUUUUAUUAAAUAUAUGUACUAAAUCGAUCAUAGCUGUUGAAAAUUUCGAUAAAUUUAUUAUAUUUUUUUAAUAUAAUAUUACAUUAUAGUUACUAUUUUUCUCAGUACAUUUUCUAAUUAGUUGACAUGAAUGAAUUAUUUUGUAAAAUCGAUGUACUUCAAAAUGAGUGCGCUACUUGUUUAAUUAACUAUGAAAAUAAAGAAUUUGACGUCAUAAAUUAUCAAAUCAUUUUCAAAACUUUUGUCAAUGGAUCUCUUUUCCAAUUUGUUAAAUCUAUUCAAGAAUUUUUGAUAAAGGCCGAUUAUCAAAAUAUUUAUGUGCUCUAUGUAUGUUUAAGUCAAAUAAGAAAAUGUCUUCUUAUGCACCAAUCGAUUGUAACAGAAAAAAUUAUUGAACCUACUUUUGAAAAAUCAGCCUAUACUUAUUUAAUAAAGCGUAUACAAAAAUGUUUUUAUAAAUUGGAAGAAUAUUUAGAUACAGUUGAAACUAUUGAUGAAGAUGAGAUCCCGGGAAUUUUCAUUCAGCGAAUAAAUACAGUUUUAAAUGAAUUAAGUGAUAAGCGAAAUAUUGAAACUGUUAAACCACAAAUUGAAAAAAUACUGUUUCAAGCUAUAACUAUUGCUAAAGUAUCAGAUAAAUCUCAUAAUUUAGAUAUAAUAUCAUCAUCUAAGCAGGUUUUAAAAGCAAUACAAGAUAUAGAAGAAACUAUAAAUGAAAAUGAUAGUUUUUUCAAAUAUGAUUACAUAUCUUCAUUGUUGUCUAUUCUUGAAAGACGUGUAAAUUCGUCAAUUUUAUAUCUCAUUUAUAAGGUUUUUAGUGAUCCUUUUUGUGUCAUUAAACAAUUAUUACAAAAAUGUGGAGAUUUAAUAAAUAUUCCGAAAAGAAACCCAAACGACUUAUUGAAAAUGACAUCCGAGUUAGAUAACUCAACAGAUAUUCUAAUUCAAAUUGGAAUAUUUGCUAUUUCUUGUUGUUCAAAUACUGAAGAUGUUACUCCUUUAAAAUGCUGUUUAUCAAGUUUAGAACUUUUGGAUAGUGACUUAGUACCGGCUAUUACCAAAUUUUAUUUAGACCCAACUUCAUGUACAAAGAAAUCAUUUUUAAAACUGCUUAUUAAUCACUGGAUAUCAGAAAUAUUAAAUUUACAGAAAAUUCUUCAUAAAAUAAUUGACCCAUCAACUUACGCACAAACAGUAUUGGAGGCUUCGAUAAACAUACUUCAAGAAAUCCGUCAAGGUAAUACUACAAGUUAUAUGGAAUCAUUUAAUCAUUUUUUAAAUGGCUUGAAUUAUUUUUCGAAAUAUGUGAAUGAAGUGUUUAUGGGUAAGGCAAUUAAGGAAUGCAAACUUUCUUCUGUUAUUACCCAACUAAACCAAGGUUUAAAAGAGUGCAAUGCUUGUUUAAUUUUCUUUAAAAAGGAAAAUAUUGCUGAAAGCUCAGGGAUUGUUGAAAAAAUGCUAAAAAGAUGUGAAAUUGUAAUAAAGCAUUUAAAAAGUAUUCAAUUUUCUAUUUGUGAAUUAAUGAAUAUUAAUAAUGCAAUGGAUCCAGAUAAUGUUAGUCAUAUUUUAUCAAAAACGAAACAUUCAUUAAAUUUAACAAGAGAAGAUUAUGACAUUAAAAAUGAUGACCUAGAUUAUUUGUUUUCUGCAAAUAAAAUCCAGUUUUCUUUCUACAAUAUACCAGAAAAUAAAGCUCUCAAAACAUUUUGUAACCUAAAGAAUUUAGUAAAUGUUGAUGAGACAAAUAUUGGAAAUACUAUUAUGGAUCUUACAAAUAUUUUAGACAACUUUAUUGAAACAUUAGAUCCGGAGAAAGACAUUCAGAUUGCCAAUAGCAUAUGGGAAGAAACAAACAUAAAUAUUGAGAAAUGAAAAAACAAUUUUUUUUAAUUUAAAUUAUUUGAUUUUGUAUUUUGUGAAUUACUUGCAGUAUGAAAAUAAUUUAUUUUCGUAAUUAUUUACAUUUGUAAACAGAUUUUUACUAAGGUUAAAAGUAGUAUAUAUUUUUU